AUGGCCCUGAAACUGGACGCGUUCAGCCCCCCGGAGGUGAUCGAGAUCAUCUCGCGGGCCGGGGUGACCAAGGGCAACAUGCCGCUCGAAAAGAUCUUCCUCAGCGCUGUUUCAGGCGGCGGUCUGCUGGCAUUUGCCUGUGGCAGUCUCCUCAGCACCGCCACUGCACCGUGGUUCCAGGAUAAUGCGCCGGGGUUGAUUCGCACUAUCAGCUCCAUGGUCUUCCCGUACGGCCUGUGCAUGAUCAUCCUGACGGGGGUGGAUCUCUGCACGAGUUCUUUCCUGUACACCACGGUCGCCGCACUCCAGCGCCGUCUCCCCUGGUGGAAGAUGCUCAUGCACUGGUUCAUCACCUUCUGGGGCAAUCUCGCCGGCUCCCUCUUCGUAGUCGCCAUCAUCUUCGGCUACGGAGAAGUCUUCUCCGCCGACCCCUACAAAUCCCAAGUCAUAAAAUCCGCGACGGUCAAGCAAGUCACGCCCGACUUCCACCACAUCUUCCUGCGCGGCAUCGGCUGCAACUGGCUCGUGUCUCUGGCGUGCUACUUCGGCAUGCAAGGCCGCGACCUCACCUCCAAAGUGGUCGGCAUCUGGUGGCCGAUCUAUGCGUUCGGGUCACUGGGGUUGGAGCACGUCGUCGCUAAUAUGAUGUUCAUCCCGAUGGCGAUCUGGCUGGGUGCGCCUGAUAUCACGGUGGGGUUGUACAUCUGGAAGGGGAUCAUCCCGGCGUUGAUCGGGAAUGUGAUCGGGGGUGUUUUGUUCGGCGCGACGUACUACUGGUAUAUGUAUGGAUACCCGAGGGAGACGCCGACAGUCGAGACGCCGACACUUGGGAAAUCAGCCGGGGAUGUAUAG